GUUACUUACACGGCAUUCAUCCAGAAACACCAUAUUACCACCGAGGCGACAGUAUCUGACGAAGAGCAUAUUGCUUUUCUAGCAUUAUGGCUCUCACGGUGCGCCUUCUGCUCAAGAUCUAUCCAGGUUGCAAAGAGGUACCUUUGCAUGGCUAAUCAGUUGCAUGCUGGUAGAAAACUCAACCUCAGCCAACUACUUCUAGGGUCUCUUUACGAAAACCUUAGUGAAGCUGCGAAUCUUACCAAGAAUUUCAAAUCUGGCAGCUUACUUUAUGCUGGUCCUUUUUGGUUAUUGCAACUGUGGCUCAAUGCCACAUUCGAAACUUAUCUUCCCUUUCGAGGAGAUGUCAAUGAGGAAGAUAGCACAAUCAAAAAUCGAACUAUAGAAGGGACCAGGUUAGCUUACCUAACUCCAAAAGAGGAAAUGGGAAAGCUUCAUGAACAUUUCUUGGCGUAUUCAAUGAUGUUUGCUCGGCGUGAUCAGUUCGAUCCUUCCAUGGCCCCAUUUGUACACAGAAUAAUAGGUCCUGAAUGGUUUACUCGAAAAUUUCCACCAACAUCUCAAGAUCAGCAAACUGAAUCCAUGGAAAUUUGGGAAGCCUUUCUGACUCCAAGAUUAUUUUCCCACCGUCUUCGACCAUCAAAGGGUCAAUGUAUCCUCAUGUGUUAUCAACCAAAUUUGGUCUCGAGGCAGUUUGGGCUAACUCAAAUAACACCCAAGUGCUUAUAUGAGAAAAGGAACCAUAUGUGUUUCCACACUUUGUAUUUGACUGAAGAAGAAUGUGAACAAAAAAUCGACAAAUACGUUGACGUCACCAAUCUUUCUCCUAUUCCUUUUGAACCUUCUUUUUACUCUACACCAGAUUUCCAUCAAUGGUGGACAGAGUAUUAUAGCUCUCAAAUUUUUGAUGCUGAUAGCCUUGCUCAAGAACUAACCGCAGCUUUCACUGAUGUGCAGGAGAACUUCAAAAAAGGUACUUCAACUCAUAUUAAAGAAAUCCAAGCUUUUCAAAAAUUCUUUGAAACUAUCUAUAGGCCUGAUGAUCUUAGUCGGACCGUUCGUGAGGCUGCAGUCACUUUGCGCGAAAAGUUUUCCACCAAACUAAAUAAAUUGAAAUUGCCCUCGUAUGUUCGACCAGAACUACGUUAUGAAGUGGCUUUCAAACUUCAUCCUCCAAAAUUCCCUCCACUACCAAGUGCUGAUUUUGGUGUGGCUCUAAGUCCUCCUUUCCCAGACUGGUUCGUGUGUGGGAAUGCUCUCAAAAUUCUUCAAGAGAGUGCCAAAAAACGCGCUGAACGAGUGGUUCCGACUAAGCAUACCUUGGAUACUUUCAAAGGACAUCUUCAUAUAGAUCUUAAACACGUUCGUGUCCUGACUCCAAUACCUGAAGGUUUGGAUUAAGGCAAUCUUUUUCGACUGACUUUUCUUUUCUUUUACUGAUAUACUGAUUUCAGUCUCAACUACAGCUGUUGCACGAAGGAGGAAGAUUAAAGAAGCUUCUGCCCCAAAAGAGUCUGAGACAUCUAAAAGCGACAAACCAAACGAAAGUGAUUCGAUCGUCACGGACAAGAAGCCCACGAGCUCGAAACCCCCAACGGGUUCGAAGCGUAAAGCUUCUUCGACCAAUGCCUCAGAUGGUGAAGACAAAUCUCCUCCUCAAACUAGACAAGGACAGAAAAAGAAACACAAAGCUGUUACCCCUUCAAGAAAAGGGAAAAAGGCAAGUCCUUCAAAAGCUGCUUCUCCUGGCAAUAAGGCGUCUUCUGAAGAGUCUCCUUUGAAGACUGCCAGCAAUGCUCUUGUUUUGGAAAGUCAUAACUCAAGCCCAGACAAUAAUCCACCCAAGGUAUCUUGCGUUUGUCUUACAUAUUAUCUUGUAAUUUUAACUAACUAAUUGCACUGGCAUUUUACCUUGUUAUUGCAGGAUGAUGCUGGCACUGCUACUUCUGGUUUCAAAGACCCUGGCCUCACCAUUGAUGUUGAUAAACUUUAUGGUAAUUGUUAAAUUUCAACUUUCGUCAAUUAAAACUUUCGAAGGCUUAACCUCAUGAUUAUCUUGGCUUCGUUCGAAACAGAUACUUCUCAAGCUAGAACCCAUGUUCUCUCACCAGUCUUCGAAGACGUUAGGCCAAUUGCCACUAUAUUGCCUAAUGAGCCAAUCGAAGAAAGCCAAUCUACUGACGAAUCCCCACCUACUCAUCAAGGCAAAGAUUUGGAAGAGGAUCAUCCAUUCUCCGGCAGCGACAAUGUGAACCAGCAAUCUCAUGGCAACGAAGAUUCUGCAUCGGAAAAAGAUGCCAUGGAGGAGAUUUCUCAACCAGAAAAACCAAUUUCUCAGGGAACUUCGACUCCCGAUGUAAAAACUAUUCCUGAGACAACUUCGACGCCUGCUCCUACGAAGCCUACUUCUUCGGAGCUUGAACAACUUAAACAAACUGAUCCUCUUGGGUUCCUAAGGGCUAUCAUGAAUGUGAAUACUUCUUCACUUUCGGAGCCUGAUGUUUCUCCAGCUGUAACUGCAGAUUCUAGUGACAAGGAAGAUACUCCUAAUCUUCUUCGACAGAUAAAAGAGAGAUUCUUUGGGGUCAAUCUUGUAGAUGUUCUCAACCGGGACCCUGUUAAAAGCUACAACUUAAAUCAACUUUUAAAGAAAGUAGAUUUGCUUCAAGUUUCCCCAGAAGUCUCAGAGAUGAUUGUUCUGCUAGGCUCUCUCCUUGAACAACUCCAAGCUGACAUUCUUCGAAAGCAAAACGUCGAGAAAGCAUUAUCUGAGAUAGUGGCCUCUCAUGACUCGUCAUGGAAUUCUGCUGUGGAAGCCACAAAACAAGGUGAAGCCCUCAAGCUUAAACAUUCGGCGAAUCAGAAAGCCAUUGAUGAAUAUGAGAAGAAAAUCAGCUCCUGGAAACAAGAAAUAAAAAUGCUCGAGGGCAAGAUAAAGGAAGCUGAAAGUAGCCAAGCAGCCCUCCAAGAAUCUAACCAACAAGAUUUGCUCGAAGUGGUGCAGUCAGGAAUCAAACAUUUCGAGACUGCACAGAAGUUAGUGCCAGAGAUCGAAAAGUUGAAGAAACAAAGGGCACUAAUUGAACUUCGAAUGUCCUCAUGGGAAACUCAAUAUCUGAAGAUCAAAAGGGAUCUCCCUGAGGACUUUAGCUAGAUGUCUUCAAUCUUGUUUCAUUUGUUGGAUUUUUAUUUUGUAAUCGAGACAUAUAAUAUUUGUACGCCUGACUCCCAUUUCUAUCUAUAAUAUUUGCUUGCACUAAUUUUAACAAAUCUUUCAAUUUUCUGCCAAAUAUAUCUUUAG